AUGGUGCAGUUUGUGGAGGGUAGCAGCGACAACCAACAGGAAAUGGAUGAAUUGAAUUUUGCUGGACGCUUACAAGCGCACAUGGAACUAACUACAUUUUUAGGCUUAGCAUUGGGAUUUGUCGCGCUGAUCCUUGUGUUGUUUCUGUAUGUUAAUAAGAUACGGUGCUUUGGAUCGACUCCUCCUUUCCUUUCAUUCGAUGAACAUCUGAUUUCGGAGAAAACGUUUCAUCGUAUUAGAAACAGAUUUGCCUACGAUGGAAAUAACAGCUCCGAUUCCGAGGAUGAGUCAUUGCGCCGGCUUAAGUUGGAACCGUGCAUCGAUAGCUAUACCAAUAGUGCAUCAUGUUACCAUACCAACGAAAAUAUUCUGGACCACACACCGCACUUCAACAGUUACAAUAAAAUAUUGUCAGCUGGAAAAUUGACCCACUCAUCACAGGAUCUGUUGGCAAUGGCUGAAGGCGGUAAAAUCGGGAUGCCACAUUCAAGCAACGACUGUAGCUCCGGUAGUUCCAUUGAGGUGAAUCUAGACUACGGAACACGACUGUCCCUGGAUGCGCAUGUUAGUAAUGAUAGGUUGGCGAACGCGGAGAGCAAUUCAUGUAUCGAAGGCCGUAUUGUGGAGACAACCGAUCUAAAAAUGAGGGACAAUAUGCUUCUUCCGGAGUUGACGAAGGAAAGCGAUCAGCGCGAGGUGCCUAUAAGGAAGAAAUCAAGCAAAUCUUCGACCAGCCAUCGUCUUGAAAGUGACAGUAUCGGUACCUGCGUUGCAUCGAACGAGACAUCUGUAAUCGAUUUGAAAAGCAAAGUAUUGGCGGACGAAAGCACUCCUGCGGCCCCAGUAGUUGACAGCUACCGACAGGUGUCACUAACGCAACAGGACAGUUUAGAAGACGUGCUUAGUCUUAAUAAUGAUUGUAUUUUAGUAUUUUCGCACGAGCCCCUCUACGAUACCAGUGACCUGAAGUCACUGAAAUCGGAUGGCGAUGCUGCAAAUGCCGGUUUUGACGGACCCUCCUCGGCAAGCGGUUCAAAUGGUACACUCGAGAUUUCGCUGUUGUACGACGCGCCGAUGCGCAAGAUGACCGUGCACGUGCUGCAAGCGCGUGGUAUAUCUUCUCGGGGCGAUAAAGGCCAAUUAACUCACACGCAGGUGCGUCUGCUGAUGCUGCCGGCUAAAAGACAGAAACACAAGACCAAAAUCCGCUCCGGAGAAAAUCCACAAUUUAUGGAGAGCUUCCUGCUACACCGUGUCAAUCCAGAAGAGGUCAACUCGAUGGGAUUACGCAUUCGGGUAUAUGGAUGCGAGCGGAUGCGUCGCGAGCGGUUAAUUGGAGAGACUAUUGUUAGUUUUGCUAACAUUGAUUUGGAGUUAGAAACGAACCUAUGGCUCCCGUUAGAGUCUCGCACAACAAAUACAGAUACGGCAUCUACUAGUGAUUUGUUGAGCAUUGCUCGAUCAGAUAGCGCGGGUUCUACCACUUCCAUGCAGCAUGGUGGCGUACCAGAGUUGUUGCUAGGAUUAGGCUACAAUGGAAUAACUGGCCGACUAACAGUGGAAAUUGUAAAAGGGAGUCAUUUUAGAAAUCAUUCUCUACCCAAGGUUCCCGACACGUACGUCAAGCUGUGUUUGGUAAGCAGUAUGGGCCAGGAAAUUGCACGAUCUAAAACAUCUACACGUCGCGGACAAUCCAAUCCAUUGUUUAAGGAAACGUUUAUAUUCCAAGUGGCACUAUUCCAACUGAACGAUGUCACACUCAUCGUGUCCAUAUACGCCAAGCGGAAUAUGAAACGGAACGAAAUGGUUGGUUGGUUCAGCAUGGGCCUCAACUCUAGCGGCCCGGAAGAGAUGAUCCAUUGGAAUGAGAUGCGCGAAUCAAGUUCACGAUCCGAGCUGAUUACCCGAUGGCACGUUUUGGUAGAUUCUUGAUUUUAAUUCUUCCCUUUUGAGCACCGCUCGCGAACACUUGCUUGUAAGCGGCGUGAUAGGGAAGUGCAUUUUUAGAAUUGGAAACGCGAACCACAACGCGAAGUGGAAAUCAUUGGAACAAAUUGGAAAAGGCCUCCAGUAAGCCUGUUUUAUCUCAUUCUUUAAUAAUGAAUCCAAUUAUUGGUGUAACUUGUCAAACGACCGAUAUUUUUACUUUUUCCGUCGAAAACAAAGUUUACAUGGUAUUUAUAAAAAUAAGUAAUAAAUAAAAAAAUCACAAACAUAAAUAACUUUAAUGAAAAACUUGUUUCCUUAUUCGAAUUUUAAUCUUUUUUAUUAAAAAUAUUUCAUUAUGGUUAAAUUGCAU